GGAAGCGCAUUGCAAGCUAAAGUAGUAAUGGCUAAGCUUUAUCUUAAUAAGCUCUUUCCUAAGCUUGCUUCCUCUCUUGCCGUUCUUCUUCUUCUUUGUCAAUUUGGCUAUGUAGCCUGUCAAUCAACGGAUUCCUCUGACAGCCCGCUGUUGCCUGAAGAUGAAGCAAAGGCUUUGGAUGAAUUGAUGACCACGUUACGGUGGGAUACUUUUCAACAAAUCUCACGCUCGUCUUGUGACAAUAAUUAUCGAGGCAUCAAAUGCAAUUGCACUUAUGAGAACCGCACAGUUUGUCACGUCACCGGCCUAGAUCUCUCAAACCGCGAAUUAGACGGACGAAUCCAAGCUGAAGCCUUGACUAGUCUCGUUUUCCUAGAAGAAAUUGAUUUGUCCAACAAUCAACUUUAUGGUAGCAUCCCUGUCACCGUGGGGAACUUGCCUUCACUCACCUCUCUCGAUCUCUCUACAAACUUCCUCAAUGGCUCCAUACCUUCAUCUUUGGGGAAUUUAUCGUCCCUCCAAUAUCUCCUUCUCUCGAGAAACCUCCUAAGUGGCUCCAUACCUUCAUCUUUGAGGAAGUUAUCGUCCCUCUAUUAUCUGAGUUUAUCGUAUAAUAUGUUAUCAGGUCAAAUCCCUAAAGAAUUGGGCAACCUCUCUAAUCUCCAAUCGAUGUACUUGGACUUCAAUGAACUCAGUGGUCAGCUUCCACCAGAACUUGGAAGAUUGCGAUCUCUAUAUUUUUUAGACUUGAGCUCCAACAAUUUGAGUGGAGAACUGCCGGGAAAUUACGCCAACUUUACUUCGGAUCAAUUGUUUUUGUUUAGCGUAGCUGGGAACCGUUUGACUGGUCAAAUACCAAGGUUCAUUGCGAAGUGGACUGCACUCUAUAUGCUGUCCCUCUCCGGGAAUGAUUUUGAAGGAGAGCUUCCUCUUGAACUUCUUCUUAACAUGCCAUAUCUCGGAUACUUGGCGGUUAGUGAUGUAAAUAGCUCGGCCGGUUUCCCUUUCCCAAAAUAUGCAAACAUGACGAGAAUAAGAUACCUGGUGAUAAGGAAUUGCUCAAUAAGUGGUGAAAUCCCCCCCUACAUUGGUGAUUGGUCAUCGUUAAAAUACCUAGACUUGAGCUUUAACAACUUAUCGGGUGGAAUACCAGAUUCCAUGGAAAACCAGACUUUAAGUAAGAUGUUUCUCACAGGAAAUAUGCUUAGUGGCACAGUGCCUCCCUGGCUUCCUCAUAAAAUUGAGGACAAGGCGGACUUGUCACAUAAUGAUUUUGAUGAUGGUACGAAGAAAGGAGAAGGAAAGCUGAACAUUCAACCGAACAGGUAUGAUAAUAUCCUCCAUAUGGUGUCAUUAAUUUAGAACAAAUGAUCAUGAGUUAUUUCUUACCAAUUUUGUUUGCUAUUUCUAGGAAUUCUAUAAGUGAUUUGAAAAAUAAAUGUCGGGGAAAACCAAAGUACGAUUCCUUAUAUAUAAAUUGUGGAGGAGCAAACACAGUUUUUGAUGGGAAAGAGUUUGAAGGAGACAGUGCAACAUUAAAUUACUAUAACACUACAAAAGGAAAUUGGGCUUAUUCUUGUUCUGGAGACUUUGGUUCGGAA